UUCCAGCUUCAAUCACUAAUUAUUGACGCAUCAAAUAACAAAGGAUUUCAGAAGAUAAAAGAAUUUUUUGAAGAGAAAGAGAGCUACCUUCCUCAAAAAUAUAAUCAUCUUCUGUUACACCAUCUUGACAGAUCAAUAAAUAAGGAACUGGAUAAAAAUGAAUUUCAGUAUGUUUCACUGUUGCUGAAAUGUAUUCAGCAAUUCUUCACAGACGACCCCAAGGAAAAGGAACCCUUGCUAAUUCAGCAGGGACUGAUCUUGAAGCUGGUUUCCUGGUUUGAGAGAACAGUGGGAUUUCUGACCAUAGAAGAUGUAGCCUCAGAUGUUUCACUCACUGACGUUUUAGAGGACUUCUUUGACACUGUGCUGAUUAUUUCCAGGAGUAGUAGUGAAGGGAAAAUCCAGAUGUUGGAUUCCUUCAUACUCAGCUUGGGAUUCCUGGUAAUAGAAAAAACUGUAAAGUUCUCGAUUCAACAGGAGGCUCUGAAGACUAUGAACUACAUUUUGCAUGGUGUGUCUUCUGCAGAGAGAAGAAAGUUCCCUUUGUCGGAAGGCACGUGUCAUCUUAUGAAGAACCUGGCAUGGACAAUCUUGACUGUGGGUGAUUAUGACCAGCAGGUCACUCUCACGGAGGCGCUGUGUAGGAUGACGACUAGAACAUCCAGGCGUGACCUUGUCCAUCAGUGGUUUGAUGAUGAGGUCCUUGCUGAAGCUUUCAAGAAAAUUAGGGAUCGAGAAUUUGAGACGGAUAGUCGACUCUUUCUCAAUCACCUCAACAACAGACUUGGUGAGAAAAGAAGGGUCUAUUCAUUUCCGUGUAUUGCUGCUUUUGCUGAUGAGCAUGAGAUGAGAAAACCAGCAGAUGAAAAAUUAGAGAAAUUUUGGGUUGAUUUCAACCUCGGAAGUCAGAGAGUAACUUUUUAUAUACACAAUGAUGAGAGUGCUCUGUGGGAUCCAGUAAGAAUUUUGAAGGAAGGAGUUGUUAACUUCAGAGUAAUAGAAACUGAGAAGAUAAAAAUACUCAUCAUUUACCUGAAGCAGCCCAUUAUUAUCAGCAAGAAAGAAGUGAUGAAAGUAGAAAUCCAUUUUGAUCUGCAGUUCAGCAUAUCCCAAACUUCCGUCCAAGCUUUGGGAGAAGACAAACAGAUGUUGCCCGAUCAGAUGAAAAUAUCCUCGGAACUUCUUAGUAAGUUUGAGAAAGCAGAGCGUGAGAUUCUCCCUAGCCAAGAAAGUGCAACAGAACAUGCUGAGGAAUCCACCAACCUGGCUGAGCUCAUGAGUGCUGGAGAUGACCGUCACCUGAAUGGCCAGUCUGAGCCUCCCCACAAAAAUACAGCUGAUAAAUCACCUGAGAAACUGAAACUGGAUGACACACAACAAGAAGUUACCUCAGAACAUGAGUAUUCUUCAGAUGCAAAAGAACCGUCCACUCCAAUUCAGGCUCCUAACUUGGACAACAAAUCCAGAUGGGAAUGGUUGUUGCAGCUGAGUGGUGGGUCCCCGGAAAAGCAGAGUGGUUUGGGGACAGAGCCCCUGGAGUUUAAUUACAGGAAACAUCUUUUCUCUGAGAGUAAUCAAGAUUCAAGUUCUUCUACCAGUGAACAAUCUUGGAGCAGUAACCACAAAAGGAAAUCCCUAAAGCCAUAUUCCAGUAGGAGUAAAACUAGAGUCAGAAGCAGUUUAAGAGUCUUGCCACAUUUCCUUUUCAGUAGUGGCAGUGACCAUGAGAAAGAUCAAGCUAAACUUCUGUCACCAGUACGGGAAGACAUUGAUAGGCAAAAUGCCACACUUCCAAAAAUUUCUGAAACUGAACCCCAGCGUAGCCCUUCCUUUUUAACUCCUGAAGAUUCUACACAGAAAAUAGAAUUCCCAAAUCCCCACCCACUGAGUGAUCUCUCUUCCUUGGAGCACUCAGAAGUUGAAGAAGAUGUAUCUCAGACUGUGAACCAAGAGUCGUUAAUGGAAAAUACUAGCUUCAAACAUAAGCUGCAGAACUUGGAAGACAGAGGCGUCCCAGAUGGGAGUUUUGCUUUGCCAAAACAAUCAAGAUUAGAAGACGCUGCUCAGGGAGCCUCCGGCUUGGCAGGCAUUUCUACUCCAUCUCUGGAAUAUGCGCCUGAGAACUUGAAUGUUUCUGCCAUUGUCACAGCCUUGGAAAACUUCACUGGAGAAAUGAAAAGAAAAUACGAGUUCAGGUACAGUGAGAGUCCUCUUUCAGAAAAGGCAAAGAAAACACCGAAUUGCAUAAUAAAACUUUUAAACCUGAUACACUUCUGCAAACUCAAUAAGCUACAGCACUUUCACGAUUUUGUUCUCCAAGAGUUGAGCAAUCUUGAGAAGGAUAUUCAGGCUCUAAAACACCUUGAGAAGGAUAUUUUGGAAUUUUGGGGGAAACAGUUUGAUGAUCUGAAAUCAUUCUGUGAUGAGCAAUUCCCAUUUCUGGCUCAUGCUCUUACACGUUCCUUAGAUGAGCUCCUCCCUGGGAAGAACCAGGCUUUCUCUUCACUCGAUGGUCUUCCUGCCCUCUCUGCAGAUGGCUUCCGGGGCCCAGAGUAUUUGCAUUUGCCUGUUGACUCCUCCUGGAGGAAUGUAUCUGACCUCAGACCAAGCAUGUCCACCACCUACUCUUGUCCUGUGCUUCCACAGCCUGUCCUUGCUGAGCCCACAGCACUUCUGCCCACUGCUGUCCCCAACCUGAGCAUCCUCAACUUGGUCUCCUCUCUCCCUGCAAAAGCUUCUUGCCAUCACCCUGUGAAAGCUCCGAUACUAUCCGGCAGAGCUUCGGUUCCUGUAGGGGAACUGCCACCAUGA